CGUCUCACAUUUUCAUUUGAGGACAAAGUGUAAAGACAACGACAGUGUGUGUGUGUGUUAGUGUGUGUUAGUGUGUGUUAUAAGUGUGUGUGUUAGUGUGUAGUUGUGUGCACGUGCUUGUGUUUGUUUGUGAAGACACAAAAAUGGCUUCUAAGAACUUCCACUUGGACGACUUUGUUGCCGGAUGGAUUGGCGGGGCGUCCAGCGUGGUGGUGGGACACCCCCUGGACACGGUUAAGACACGACUUCAGACGGGCAGAGGCUACCAGAGCAUGAUGCACUGCAUGCUCAGCAUCUACAGGAAGGAGACGGCGGCAGGCUUCUUCAAAGGCAUGUCCUUCCCCGUGGCCACCAUCGCCGCCUACAACUCCCUGGUCUUCGGCUUCUUCAGCAACGCCCAAAGGUUCAUCAGCAAGUAUCGCUACGGCGACGGCCGCCACCCCUGCAGCAUGCUGGACCUGACGGCGGCCAGCAUGCUGACCGGACUGGUGUCGGUGGGCCUGGGCGCCCCCGUGGACCUGGUGAAGAUCCGACUCCAAAUGCAGACGCAGAUGGUGCGGCCGGCAGAGAAUUUCCAACUGGCCACCAGCGUUCCCAACGGCAGCAACAUCACCGUGCGCGCCAUGCACUCGUCCAGCCAGACGCUCUACCGGGGUCCCAUCCACUGCAUCAGCAGCAUCCUGCAAAGCGAGGGCGUCCGGGGUCUGUAUCGCGGGGGCGGCGCCAUGGUGCUCAGGGACGUUCCCGGUUACGUCCUGUACUUCAUCCCUUACACGGUCUUCUGUGAUCUUCUGAGACCCGACGCCACUUCCAGUCCUCAUCCGUGCUCCAUUUGGCUGGCCGGCGGUUUGGCAGGGUCCAUUUCCUGGGUGACGGCCACGCCGGCCGAUGUGGUGAAGAGUCGCAUGCAGGCGGACGCUCAGCUGUACAGGAAGUACAAAGGCGUCGUGCACUGCAUCAUGCACAGCUACAAGACAGAAGGAGCGCAGGUGUUCUUCCGGGGGGCAUCAGUGAACGCCAUCCGAGGUUUCCCAAUGAGCGCCACGAUGUUCCUGGCUUACGAGCUCUCCUUGCAGUUCUUCAGGAGCUUUUAGGACCUUCUUGUAAGAUGACGUCCAUGUUUUUUUUUUUAUUUGGAAUUACCAAUACUUAUCGAAGUAUAAUCGGAGGUGGUGUAAAUAUUGAGGAGUUUUUUUUUUUUUUUCAAUUAGUGUAAAAAUUCAAAAAUUUGUACACAUUUUUUAGGUUUACAUUUUGUGACUUUUGUCAUGUUACACGAGUAUAACGUUUAAUAUAUUUCUAUGUUCUAUUAAGCCAUGUAAAUAAUUUUUUUUUAUAUUAAGAAAAGUUACUCCUAGUGUGCAAUUUGUGUCUUAUUGUACAGAAAUAAAUUCAUAUUUUAUACACAAGAA